AUGGAGAAGCAUAAUGAUGCCCGAGAUAUUGCGCGACGAGCAAAUUACGUCUCCCGGCAACAGGACCGACUCCUGAACGGGGAAUUGGAUCACCUACCUUCAGCGAAUGCCGUUUGGCCAACUGCCUUGGUUAUUGUCCCAGUGAGCGUAAUUUCAAAUUGGCAGAGAGAGCUCGAAACCUGGGGCUAUUUCGAAGUGGGCGCGUAUACUGGCUCUAAAGAAACUCGUGAAACUGUUCUGAAGGACUUCAAGCUGGGGCGCCUGGAUAUUGUCCUUUCAUCAUUCGAACAGGUUCGCGAUCACAUUUCAGACUUCGAAGAUCUUCCGUGGAGCUGCAUUUUCCUUGACGAAGCACAUAAGAUAAAGAAUAUGAAUGCCUCAAUUACCAAAGCAUAUAAUCGAUUUACGUGCUCCGUUCGUUUCGGGCUGACAGGUACAGCGGUUCAGAACACGUACAAAGAACUAUGGCCGCUUCUUGCGUGGAGUAACCCAGGUCGAUUAGGCAGCGAGAAUCAGUGGAAAUGGGCAAUCGCGCGGCCGCUGGCCCUAGGUCAGUCGCAAUCUGCCACGGAAGCCGAACGGAAACGUGCAAUCAUCGUCACUAAGGCACUAAAAGAGAAUUUACUCCCUCUCUUUUUCUUAAGACGCACAAAGAAAUUAAUCGAAGACCAACUGCCGAAGAAAUUCGAUGAAGUUGUGUUCUGCCCGCUUACUCCCCUACAACUCCAGGUUUACAAGCGCUUUUUGGAUACUGAGGACGUGCAGCUUAUGUUAGGCAAAGAUGGACCUUGUGACUGCGGAUCUCAGAAACCCCGAGGGAAAUGCUGUGGUACACACAACAAAGAUGGUACCCACUGGAAGGAACUGAUGCUUAAAUACAUUGGGAUCUUGAUCAAAAUCUCCAAUCAUUUAAUGCUUCUUUACCCAUGCAAGUUACCCAGUGGUGAUAAUCUCGAGCAGAGAAAUAGAAGCCGUGAACACCUCCAUGUGGCUUUCCCAGACAAUUCUGAGAUGAGGAAACCAUCCUCGAGGAUGAGACCAGGCAUGUGUGGCAAGUGGUCGGUGCUGGAAAAGCUAUUAGACCAGUGGAAAGCCAAACCAGGGGAGCAGAACAAGGUCCUUAUUUUCUCCAAGAGUGUGAAGGUGACAACUAAAAUGGAUACUAAUUAUGUUAAUACAGAAUAUGGGCGAGACAAAAUUUGUUAUUUGGACGGAAAGACUAAAAGCGAAGACAGAAUGCCGAUCGUUGACAAAUUCAAUCAAGACCCUUCCGUGUACUGCUUCCUGAUAUCCACCACUGCUGGUGGCACUGGACUUAACCUAACAGCUGCGAAUAAAGUCGUCGUUUUUGAUCCUCACUGGAACCCUGCCCACGAUUUGCAGGCUAUGGACCGUGCCUACCGGUAUGGGCAACUUCGGAACGUCUCCGUGUACCGACUCCUUGGGGCAGGAUCACUUGAAGAGCUUGUAUACGCCCGGCAAAUCUAUAAACAGCAGCAGAUGCAGAUUGCAUACGAAGGUAGAGCUCAGACCAGAUAUUUUCAAGGGGUUCAGGGCGACAAGGAUAGGCAAGGGGAGCUCUUCGGCUUAAAGAAUAUUUUCACUCUUCACCCGUCCGCAUACGCGACUAAGUAUCAUAUCGAGCGAGCACUUGUAAGUGAGCUUGAAUGGGCUCUAAUGAAUGCUCCAACGGGAUCGAAGGGAGAUGAAGACGUGAGGCCUUUUUACUUUUCAGGUCCGGUGAACUGA